UUACCAUGGAGGGCUCCUUCCGGCAGCGUUACUUCACGCCGCGGGAGGUGUCGGUGCACAACCGGCCGUGGGACCUGUGGGUCUCCUACCUGGGGCGGGUGUACGACCUCAGCCCCCUGUCCGAAGAGUACAGGGGGGACCUCCUCAUGAAGCCCCUCCUGGAAGUGGCAGGGAAAGACAUCAGCCAUUGGUUCAACCCCAGGACCAAAGACAUACAGACACACAUCGAUCCCCGCACAGGCUGCCUGAAGUACUACACACCCCAGGGCCGGUUUGUGCACAUCCCACCACCUCUUCCGCGCUCGGACUGGGCCAAUGAUUUUGGGGUGCCCUGGUGGAAGAACCCCUUUUACGAAAUCGGCACCUUGUCUGCAAAAACCCGGCACAUUCGGAUCAUCAACACUCUGACUUCUCAGGAGCAGACCCUGGAGGUCUGUUCAGAAGAAACCAUGUGGGAGAUCUUGAGGCGCUAUUUGCCCUACAACGCGCAUGCCGCCAGUUACACAUGGAAAUACCACGGCGUCUGCCUGGACAUGGAUAAGAACCUUCAGGACAACAACAUUCCCGAUGAAGACGAGGAGUUCUACCAGCUCAACAUGGACGCCGACGCCUUCACGACCGCCAUUUUGCUCUACUUCAACGAUGACCUCACCGAGCUCUAGAGACCCGCCUAGUCGUGGGCCUAUUUCCCUCCAGCUGGAAGUCCCGGGUGCCCCUUCUUCUCAACAGCAGCUGCAGGAUACCCAAUUUAUCUCCAAGAGCAAGCGCUUGGUGGAAAGGAAGAUGCACCCCCCAAACGAGGAUGGGUCCCUAAAAUACGAUCUCCUGGUCUUGUGAACGUCCACCUGAAUUUUACAGGCUCUUUCUGCUACUGUUUGCUGCUGCAGCCACUAGAUGUCAGUCGUGCCUCAUAGUGCAGCCAUUUUGAAGCUCCGUUGUUCUUCACAUGGUUUUAAAAAAUAAUUGCAUUUUAUUAUCCUGCAAGCCUUGAGCUGGGAAAGCAGCUUUGCUCCCAAGCUGGCCCUUUUAUCUGGAGGAGCCCACACAAUUUUAUAUUUUAACUUUAAAGUGCUGUCCUCUGGCCUGAACGUACUGCUUAACCCUGAAGGAAAUUUAAGUAAUCUUGCAGCAAUUAUUUGCGCCUGCUUGAGCUAUUUCAAAGGCUUGUUUGGAGGAGUGGUUGGAGGUGGAGGAAUAAGAAUCCCCUUGGAGGAUAAGUGGGAUAAAAAUAAAAUAGCAAAACAUAAGAUGUUUACGGUGAAAAGACAUCGUUGU